AUGGAGAUUGGAGCUGUGAACUCUGAAAUGGACACAGCUUCAACUAUCUCCAUUAAAGGCAUUCUCAGUCUCCUUGUUCAGAAUGCCGAUGAGAACAAUGGCAGAAGGUUGAUUUCCCUUGGUAUGGGUGACCCUUCUGCUUAUUCUUGUUUUCAUACAACCCGUAUAGCUCAAGAUGCCGUUGUUGAUUGUCUUGAAUCUGAGAAAUUUAAUGGCUAUGCUCCCACUGUUGGUCUCCCCCAAUCUAGAAGGGCGAUUGCUGAAUAUUUAUCUCGAGAUCUUCCUUAUAAGUUGACAUCUGACGAUGUUUUUAUUACGUCUGGAUGCACACAAGCAAUUGAUGUUGCUUUGGCAAUGCUUGCUCGUCCUGGUGCAAAUAUACUGCUUCCAAGGCCUGGUUUCCCAAUCUAUGAACUUUGUUCUUCAUUUCAGAAUCUAGAAGUCCGGCACUUUAAUCUACUCCCUCAGCAAGGCUGGGAGGUUGAUCUUCAUGCCAUUGAGACCCUUGCCGAUAAGAACACCGUUGCAUUGGUUAUUAUCAACCCAGGGAAUCCAUGUGGAAAUGUGUACAGCUAUCAGCAUCUCAAGAAGAUUGCUGAAACUGCGGAAAAGCUUGGAAUUCUUGUAAUUGCUGAUGAGGUUUACGGGCAUCUUGCUUUUGGAAGUCGACCUUUCGUACCGAUGGGAGUCUUUGGAUCAACUGUUCCUGUUCUCACCCUUGGAUCUCUUUCAAAGAGAUGGAUAGUACCAGGAUGGCGACUUGGGUGGUUUGUGACUAGCGACCCUUCUGGCAUGUUCAGAAAACCCAAGGUUAUUGAGCGAAUCAAGAAGUAUUUUGAUACAUUAGGGGGCCCUGCAACAUUCAUCCAGGCUGCAGUCCCUCGCAUACUCGAGUCAACUGAUGAGGUUUUCUUCAAGAAAACAAUUAAUAUUCUGAAGCAAACCUCCGAAAUAUGUUGCAGAAAGAUCAAGGAAAUCCCUUGCAUUACGUGCACACACAGACCAGAAGGGUCAAUGGCUAUGAUGGUAAGAUUGAACAUUGAUCUUCUUGAAGAUAUCAGUGAUGAUAUUGAUUUUUGCUUCAAGCUUGCCAAAGAGGAAUCACUCGUCAUUCUUCCAGGAACGGCAGUAGGGCUGAAGAACUGGCUUCGGAUUACUUUUGCGGUCGAUCCGUCCUUUCUCGAAGAAGCACUUGGGAGACUUAAAUCCUUUUGUCAAAGGCAUACACUAAUGUUGUAA